AUGCUUCUCUUCCAACAGACCAAAUUAUUUAACAGAAAGUUACCAUUGCUCGCCGCAGCAGGAAGCUUAACAUUAUUCAUCGGCAUUUUGUAUAUCCUUUCUCGACCUAGUUAUUGGAAACACCCCCGGAUCCCAAGUCCUUAUAUUCGAGAGAGAGAGCAAAUUCUGAAUAACGUUUCAAAUUCAACACUUGGAUUCGAACGAAUAUAUGUCAUUAAUCUCCCUGCUCGAACGGACCGCCGUGAUGCUCUAGUGUUGAUGGCUGCUGUGAGUGGCAUCCGCCUUCACUGGAUCGAUGGCAUAGCUGGAGAUACAGUGCUCGACAAGGCCAUACCGCCACCUGCAUCGCAUAAGACGAAGAAAGACGCAAACAUCGGAAGCUGGAGAGCUCACCUAAACGCACUUCAAGACAUAGUGGAAAACAACAUCAGUUCGGCACUCAUAUUAGAAGAUGACGCGGAUUGGGAUAUUCGUAUCAAGUCCCAGCUCAAGGACUUUGCACUAGCCUCUCGGGCUUUGACCCAGCCUCUUUCAGGAAAAGAGCAUCUUGCUUACGCAGACCCGAGCUUUCAUGAUCCUAAAAAAUAUAUAGGAAUGCACAAGGAUGUGGACAUGAAGGCACUCCCUGAUACGGUAUCGCCCUUGCAUUCUCCAUAUGGUGAUAAUUGGGAUAUACUAUGGCUGGGCCAUUGCGGAGUAGAAUUCCCAGGUGCCGCAACUGGAGAUAUCGCAAGAAGCUUGCCCCAAGGCCGGGUUGUUUAUAGAAACGACUCUACGGUCCCAGAGCAUGAGUACUUAGUACUUGCCUCCAAAGACGGUGAGCUUCGAAAUUCAUACCCACCGCAUACGAGAGUGGUCCACCACGCUAAGACACCCGUCUGCUCACUUGGAUAUGGUGUCUCGCAAAAGUCGGCUCGGAGGUUGCUUUAUGAAUUUGGUGUGAAGAAGUUCGAUCGUCCUUAUGACCUUAUGCUCCGAGAUGCUUGCGAGGGUAUCAAUGACCGCGCUGGGAAUACCUGCUUAACCGUACAGCCACAGCUGUUCAACCAUCAUCGCCCGGCGGGGAAUGGUAGUUUCCAUAGCGACAUCACCAAGCAUGAAGGGGAGAUUUUCGAAAAGGCAUUUACCGAAAUGAUCAGAUGGAGCACGAGGUUAAACCUCCCCAAACUUAUUGCCGAGGAUACGGACUUUGACGACCAGUUUCCAGACAAAAAUUAG